AUGGCUGGGCUGCCCUGCAUCCCGGGCCCCGAGGACCUGCGCCCCUUCACCCCUGCCUCGCUGGCUGCCAUCGAGCAGCGCAGGGCAGAGGCGGAGGCGCUCCGGAUAAGGAGGCAGCAGGUGGAGAUGCCUGAGGAAGAGGAGAUCAAACCCAGCAGUGACCUAGAAGCCGGCAAGAACCUGCCCCUCAUCUACGGUGACCCACCCCUGGAGCUCAUUGGGACCCCCCUGGAGGACCUGGACCCUUUUUACAAGGAUAAGAAGACCUUCAUAGUCCUCAACAAAGGCAAAGCCAUCUUCCGCUUCUCGGCCACCCCUGCCCUCUACCUGCUGGGCCCCUUCCACCCCAUCCGCAGGGGAGCCAUCAAAGUGCUGAUCCAUUCAUUAUUCAGCAUGUUCAUCAUGAUCACCAUCCUGACCAACUGCGUGUUCAUGACGCUCAGCAACCCCCCAGCGUGGUCCAAGAACGUGGAAUACACCUUCACUGGGAUAUACACCUUUGAGUCCCUCAUCAAGGUGCUGUCCAGAGGCUUCUGCAUCGAUGACUUCACAUUCCUGCGUGACCCGUGGAACUGGCUGGACUUCAUGGUCAUCUCCAUGGCCUACAUCACCGAGUUCGUGGACCUGGGGAACAUCUCUGCUCUCCGGACCUUCCGCGUGCUCCGUGCCUUGAAAACCAUCACUGUGAUCCCAGGGCUGAAGACCAUCGUGGGGGCUCUGAUCCAGUCGGUGAAGAAGCUCUCGGAUGUGAUGAUCCUCACUGUCUUCUGCCUGAGCGUCUUCGCCCUCAUCGGCCUGCAGCUCUUCAUGGGCAACCUGCGGCAGAAGUGUGUGAGGUGGCCUCCCCUCAACGACAGCCUGCUGGGGCUGGACAACGGCACCCUGCCCGACGCCACCUCCUCUGGCAGCCUCACCCACGCCAUCGCCGCCAACCUCGCCCACGCCAUCGCCAGCGACCUCGCCGACGACCUCGCUGCCAACGCCACCGCCAACGCCACCAGCAACAGCACCUUCGAUUUCGAGGCCUACAUCAAUGAUGAAGCCAACUUCUACUUUCUGGAAGGAGCUCUGGAUGCCCUGCUCUGUGGGAACAGCAGUGAUGCUGGGAAGUGCCCAGAAGGGUUCCAGUGCAUGAAGGCUGGGAGAAACCCCAACUAUGGCUACACCAGCUACGACACCUUCAGCUGGGCCUUCCUGGCCCUCUUCCGCCUCAUGACGCAGGACUUCUGGGAGAACCUCUUCCAGCUGACACUGCGAGCAGCAGGCAAAACCUACAUGAUCUUCUUCGUGGUGGUUAUAUUUCUUGGCUCCUUCUACCUCAUCAACCUCAUCCUGGCAGUAGUGGCCAUGGCUUAUGCUGAACAAAACGAUGCCACAAUGCUGGAGGAGCAGCAGAAGGAGGAGGAAUUCCAGCAGCUCAUGGAGCAGCUCAAGAAGCAGCAAGAGGAGCAAGAGAGGAUGUUGCAGGACAGGAAAUCCAGCAGCAGUUCCCUGCCCAGCAGUGUGGCUGAGAAGGAGCACGACUCAGACCUCAACAGUGAGCAGGACAAGGCAAAGGACUGCAACGGGCAAGUGGUGCCCAAGAUCAAGCUGGAGAGGUCUGCUACAGUGGUUGAGUUCAACCCAGCCCAUGAGCCAGAGAAAUCAGACCACAACCACCUCACUGUGGGCAACCAAGAUGGGCCAGGCCUUGAGAAGAGGGUGGGGAGUGCCCUCAGUGUCAUCUCCAAUGCUGUGGAAGAGCUGGAGGAAGCUCACCAGAAGUGCCCACCCUGGUGGUACAAAUUUGCCCAUACGUUCCUGGUCUGGAACUGCUGUGCUCCGUGGGUCAAGCUGAAAGAGUUUGUCAAGCUGGUGGUGAUGGACCCCUUCGUGGACCUGGGCAUCACCAUCUGCAUUGUGCUCAACACAGUCUUCAUGGCCAUGGAGCAUUACCCCAUGACAGAGGAGUUUGAGAACGUCCUGACCGUGGGCAACCUGGUCUUUACAGGGAUCUUCACAGCAGAGAUGGUCCUGAAGCUCAUUGCCCUGGACCCCUAUGAGUACUUCCAGCAGGGCUGGAAUGUCUUUGACAGCAUCAUCGUCACCCUGAGCCUGGUGGAGCUGGGCCUGGCCAACGUGCAAGGGCUCUCCGUGCUCCGCUCCUUCCGCCUGCUGCGGGUUUUCAAGCUGGCCAAGUCCUGGCCCACCCUCAACAUGCUGAUCAAGAUCAUCGGGAACUCCGUGGGGGCGCUGGGGAACCUGACGCUGGUGCUGGCCAUCAUCGUCUUCAUCUUCGCCGUGGUGGGGAUGCAGCUCUUCGGCAAGAGCUACAUCGACUGCGUCUGCAAGAUCUCGGUGGACUGCAGCCUGCCCCGCUGGCACAUGAAUGACUUCUUCCACUCCUUCCUCAUCGUCUUCCGCAUCCUCUGCGGGGAGUGGAUCGAGACUAUGUGGGACUGCAUGGAGGUGGCCGGCCAGACCAUGUGCCUCAUCGUCUUCAUGAUGGUCAUGGUCAUUGGGAACCUGGUGGUGCUGAACCUCUUCUUAGCUCUGCUGCUGAGCUCCUUCAGUGCUGACAGCCUGGCAGCUUCUGACGACGAUGGGGAGAUGAACAACCUGCAGAUUGCCAUUGGCAGGAUCACCAGGGGCAUCGACUUCCUCAAGGCCUCUCUCCUGGCACUGCUCCGCGGGCAGUGGAAGGGCAGGAAGGGAGCCCCGGAGGAAGAGCAGGAGCCCAGCAAGACGGACAACUCGGUGCUGAACCACGUGGACACCGGCCAGGAGACCAAGCCAGGGUACCUGGAUGGAGUCACUGCCAAGGAGCACUUCUUCAUGGAUGAGCUGGACCACAUGAACUUCAUCAACAACCCCAAUCUGACCGUGCAGGUGCCCAUUGCCUCCGAGGAGUCUGACCUCUACGAGGAGACCAGCACCCAGUCCGACACCGAAGACACCAAGAAUCCCCUCUCCAGUGACAAUGCAUCCUCCCUGUGCAGCACUGUGGACUACAAACCCCCCCAGCCAGAGGAGGAGGAGGUGGCAGAAGAGGCUGAGGAGAGCAAUGAGCCUGAGGAGUGCUUCACUGAAGGCUGUGUGAAGAGGUUCCCCUGCCUCUAUGUGGACAUCAGCAGUGAGAGGGGGAGGCUGUGGUGGAACCUGAGGAGGACCUGCUUCCGCAUCGUGGAGCACGACUGGUUCGAGACCUUCAUCGUCUUCAUGAUCCUCCUCAGCAGUGGGGCACUGGCCUUUGAGGACAUCUACAUCGAGCAGCAGAAGGUGAUCCGCACCAUCCUGGAGUAUGCUGACAAGGUCUUCUCCUAUGUCUUUGUCCUGGAGAUGCUGCUCAAGUGGGUGGCCUAUGGCUUCAAGGUCUACUUCACCAACGCCUGGUGCUGGCUGGACUUCCUCAUCGUCGAUGUCUCCCUGGUCAGCCUGACAGCUAACUGGUUGGGAUACUCCGAGCUGGGAGCCAUCAAGUCCCUGCGGACGCUGCGGGCUCUGAGACCCCUGCGUGCCCUCUCCAGAUUUGAAGGCAUGAGGGUGGUGGUGAACGCCUUGCUGGGUGCCAUCCCCUCCAUCAUGAACGUGCUGCUGGUGUGCCUGAUCUUCUGGCUGAUCUUCAGCAUCAUGGGGGUGAACCUCUUUGCAGGGAAGUACUACCGCUGCGUCAACACCACCACCGGGGAGCUCUUCCCCAUCAGCGAGGUCAACAACAAGAGCGACUGCCUGGCCCUGCUCCACACCAACCAGGUCAGGUGGCUCAAUGUCAAGGUCAACUUCGACAACGUGGGCCUGGGAUACCUCUCCUUGCUGCAGGUGGCAACCUUCAAAGGCUGGAUGGACAUCAUGUAUGCAGCUGUGGACUCAAGGGAGAUUGAAGAGCAGCCUUCCUAUGAGAUCAACCUCUACAUGUACCUCUACUUCGUCAUCUUCAUCAUCUUCGGAUCCUUCUUCACCUUGAACCUCUUCAUCGGUGUCAUCAUCGACAACUUCAACCAGCAGAAGAAAAAGUUUGGAGGCAAAGACAUCUUCAUGACAGAAGAGCAGAAGAAAUACUACAAUGCCAUGAAGAAGCUUGGCUCCAAGAAACCCCAGAAGCCCAUCCCCAGGCCCUCGAACAAGGUUCAAGGGAUGGUGUUUGACUUUGUCACCAAGCAAGUGUUUGACAUCACCAUCAUGAUCCUCAUCUGUCUGAACAUGGUGACUAUGAUGGUGGAAACAGAUGAUCAAAGUGAACUCAAGACAUCUGUCCUCUACAAGAUCAAUCUGGUCUUCAUCGUCAUCUUCACCGGGGAGUGUGUGCUCAAAAUGUUUGCCCUGCGCCACUACUUCUUCACCAUUGGCUGGAACAUCUUUGACUUCGUGGUGGUCAUCCUCUCCAUCUUAGCAGCCAACUCCUGCCAGCAGCACAGCAGGAGGGCUGCCCACACCUUUGCUCUCUGCUCUGCUGCAGGCUCACGCAUCUCUCCUCUCCUCCUUGCUGUGAUGGCUCUGGGACUGCAGUGGCCACAGGAAGCUGCCACCUUCCCAGCCAUGCCCCUUUCCAACCUCUUUGCCAACGCUGUCCUGAGAGCUCAGCACCUUCACCUCCUGGCUGCUGAGACAUACAAAGAGUUCGAACGCACCUACAUUCCAGAGGACCAAAGGCACACCAACAAAAAUUCCCAGGCAGCCUUCUGCUACUCGGAAGCCAUCCCUGCUCCCACGGGCAAGGAUGAUGCCCAGCAGAAAUCUGACAUGGAGCUUCUUCGUUUUUCCCUGGUUCUCAUCCAGUCCUGGCUGACCCCAGUACAGUACCUAAGCAAGGUCUUCACCAACAACCUGGUUUUUGGCACCUCAGACAGAGUGUAUGAGAAACUAAAGGACCUGGAAGAAGGGAUCCAAGCUCUGAUGAGGGAGCUGGAGGACAGGAGCCCACGGGGGCUGCAGAUCCUGAAGCCCACCUAUGACAAGUUUGACAUCCACCUGCGCAACGAGGACGCCCUGCUGAAGAACUACAGCUUGCUCUCCUGCUUCAAGAAGGACCUGCACAAGGUGGAGACCUACCUGAAGGUGAUGAAGUGCCGGCGCUACGGGGAGGGCAACUGCACCGUUUGA